AUGGCGAAAAAGUCGACUACGAUCAAUCUAUGGACUAUUUUACUUACUACCAGUGUUGGCGUAAUUUGGGGGAAUCUGGCCAGUGGUAAGUUGCAAUGUAACAAUUUUUGGGUUUUGAAGGGCUUUGAACAACUUUUUCUGUCAAAAGUUCAUUAUGUCUUUGAUGAAAAUCAACUUCUGUUUUUCAAGCAAUUCAUUGUCGAUGUUUCAUAUUUGGUCAUUUUGAAACUUGAGUUUAAGAUUUGGUCGAUUGUAAAUUCCAUAGAGUGAUUUCUUGUGAACAUGUAUUUGGUAAAACAUUUGAAACACACAUUUACAUGUAUCCUUAGUGAGGGUUACAAAGGGUCUCAAAAUUAGGCUAAUUAGUAGGCUUCCAACAAAUACUUUUACAAGUACUUGUUUAUUACCUUAAAAAUAAACCCCCAGUACUCAAUUGUUUAUGUUGUGGUUUUCAUUGGACAAAAGUAAAGUUGUUCUCAUCAAAUACCUUGAACACUUCAAAAUAGGCUUAUAAACUCAGCAAAAAAAUCGUCCUCUCACUGUCAACUGCGUUUAUUUUCAGCAAACUUAACAUAUGUAAAUAUUUGUAUGAACAUAACAAGAUUCAACAACUGAUACAUAAACUGAACAAGUUCCACAGACAUGUGACUAACAGAAAUGGAAUAAUGUGUCCCUGAACAAAGGGGGGGUCAAAAAGUAACUGUCAGUAUCUGUGGCCACCAGCUGCAUUAAGUACUGCAGUGCAUCUCCUCCUCAUGGACUGCACCAGAUUUGCCAGUUCUUGCUGUGAGAUGUUACCCCACUCUUCCACCAAGGCACCUGCAAGUUCCUGGACAUUUCUGGGGGACCCUCCACCUCCAAAUCGAUCCCGCUCCAGAGUACAGGCCUCGGUGUAACGCUCAUUCCUUCUACGAUAAAUGCGAAUCCGACCAUCACCCCUGGUGAGACAAAACCACGACUCGUCAGUGAAGAGCACUUUUUGCCAGUCCUGUCUGGUCCAGCGACGGUGGGUUUGUGCCCAUAGGCGACGUUGUUGCCGGUGAUGUCUGGUGAGGACCUGCCUUACAACAGGCCUACAAGCCCUCAGUCCAGCCUCUCUCAGCCUAUUGCGGACAGUCUGAGCACUGAUGGAGGGAUUGUGCGUUCCUGGUGUAACUCGGGCAGUUGUUGUUGCCAUCCUGUACCUGUCCCGCAGGUGUGAUGUUCGGAUGUACCGAUCCUGUGCAGGUGUUGUUACACGUGAUCUGCCACUGCGAGGACGAUCAGCUGUCCGUCCUGUCUCCCUGUAGCGCGGUUUUAGGCGUCUCACAGUAUGGACAUUGCAAUUUAUUGCCCUGACCACAUCUGCAGUCCUCAUGCCUCCUUGCAGCAUGCCUAAGGCACGUUCACGCAGAUGAGCAGGGACCCUGGACAUCUUUCUUUUGGUGUUUUUCAGAGUCAGUAGAAAGGCCUAAGUGUCCUAAGUUUUCAUAACUGUGACCUUAAUUGCCUACUGUCUGUAAGCUGUUAGUGUCUUAACGACUGUUCCACAGGUGCAUGUUCUUAAAUUGUUUAUGGUUCAUUGAACAAGCAUGGGAAACCGUGUUUAAACACUUUACAAUGAAGAUCUGUGAAGUUAUUUGGAUUUUUACAAAUGAUCUUUGAACGACAGGGUCCUGAAAAAGGGACGUUUCUUUUUUUGCUGUGUUUAGAAAUCCAGUGCUAUUUGCAUGUGGAAAUAUCUUCGGAUCCAUUUGUUUAUGUUUUUGUACGGGCCCGGCCCAAUCUUUGAUGGUAUUACAUCAUCCUACAGAGUGUAUCUUUAAUCCCAGCCUGCAGUAUGUGCUUGUCAGGCUUUUAUAAGGCCAAAUCCAGGUGGUAGUGAUUACAAAUGGCCUGGAUUCUGGAGUUUAUAUGACUUCCCUGAAGCAUCCAGUGCAACUUCUGAAGGAUUCUAAGUCUGACCAGUUACUUGGAAUGCACAAACCUGUAGGGCACCCCUACAUUCCAAUGUGCAGUUUCUGUUCCACUGCAGUGUAGUGUUUUGAUGUAUUGUUAAGGGUUUUGCUAAUCUGUGAUGUCUGCUUGACUCGUCUAGGGACCUAUGGUAAGGAGUUUGUCCAGUGCUGAAUAGAUGAAUCCCUCUUUUAUUCUCCUCCUCUCAUGUUUAACAUGUAUACACAGUAGUUAUCAGGUAGAACCGAAAACCAGCAGGCUCUGGACCUUGUAGGGUAAGAGUUGAGUACCCCUGAGCUAUAGGAUGAGAAAUAUACCAGAGGUUUGGCGCAGGUACACCCAACUAGCGCUAGCUAACGUUAAAUACCUAGCAAAAAUAUAUAAAUAAAUAUAUAUAUAUAUAUAUAUAUAUAUAUAUAUAUAUAUUAUUAUUAUUAUUAUUUUUCUUCUAUUUUUACAAAUCGAUUAUUGGACUCACAGUAUCAAUAUAAAAUCUACAAAAAUAAUAUUGUGAUACUCUACUGUAUCUAUUUUCACCCCCUUCUCUAGGUAUAUGUAGGGUAUGUAGCCUAUGACACUGUGUGUGUAGAGGAGAAGUGAGAGAACAGGUUUGGCCUGUUACUAACACAGUGGACCAUUGCUUCCAGGGAGGCAGAACAGUUUGCUUCCUCUGAUAACAGAUUAUUUAAACUCUGAACUGCUGGUAUUUCCUCCUUCCUCUCUGUCCCAGUGAAAGCUGGUGUCAGUUCCCUUAAAAAAAGUUUUUAUGAGCUUAAAUUUCACACAUGAAACCAUAUAUUCACAUGUAUAAAUUUAGAGUUCACAUGUUAACACCACCUUUUCACAUGCGAGGAAAUUGUUGUUUCACAUGUUAAAAACUUUCACAUGUGAAAAUUGGAUAUGCAGUUUCGGCGGCAGGUAGCUUAGUGGUUAAGAGCAUUGUGCCAGUAACCGAAAGGUCGCUGGUUCUAAUCCCCGAGCCGACUAGGUGAAAAAUCUGUCGAUGUGCCCUUGAGCAAGGCACUUAACCCUAAUUGCUCAUGUAAGUCGCUCUGGAUAAGAGCGUCUGCUAAAUGUAACACUUUCACAUGUGAAUCUCACUUUGACAUAUACAGUUGAAGUCGGAAGUUUACAUACACCUUAUCCAAAUACGUUUAAACUCGGUUUUUCACAAUUCCUGACAUUUAAUCUUAGUAAAAAGUCCCUGUCUUUGGUCAGUUAGGAUCACCACUUUAUUUUAAGAAUGUGAAAUGUCUGAAUAAUUGUCACGGUUUCGGCCGAGGCUGCUCCUCCUCCUUGCUCGGGCAGGCUUCGGCGGGCGUCGUCUCCGGAGUACUAGCUGCCACCGUUGGAUGUUUUCGAUGUUCGUUUGGUUUUGUCUAGUUGUUGUGCACCUGUUCCCUGUUAGUGUGAUUAUGUACCAUAUAUAUAGUUCCAUUUGUUUGUCAUGUGUUGUGUGUAAUUGUUUUCCUGUCGUUUGGUGCAGUGCUGUUUGCUAGACUCUCUUUGUUUUACCGUCGCACUAUUGUUCGUGCGCAGUUCGGUUUGGGAGUGUUUUACGCACUGUGGCGUAUGUUUCGCCUCCGGGUUGUUUGACCCGUGUUAUGAUUUUUGGAUUUUCUAGUAAAGUCUGGAUUUCCUGAGCUCCUGUGUCCUGCUAUUGAUUCGCACCACAUCCGCAUCAGAGUUCGUGACAAUAAUAGUAGAGAGAAUAAUUUAUUUCAGCUUUAAUUUCUUUCAUCACAUUCCCAGUGGGUCAGAAGUUUACAUACACUAAAUUAGUAUUUGGUAGCAUUGCCUUUAAAUUGUUUAACUUGGGUCAAACGUUUCGGAUAGCCUUCCACAAGCUUCCCACAAUAAGUUGGGUGAAUUUUGGCCCAUUCCUCCUGACCGAGCUGGUGUAACUGAGUCAGGUUUGUAGGCCUCCUUGCUCGCACACGCUUUUUCAGUUCUGCCUACACAUUUUCUAUAGGAUUGAGGUCUUGUCAUUGUGAUGGCCACUCCAGUACCAUGACUUUGUUGUCCUUAAGCCAUUUCGCCACAACUUUGGAAGUAUGCUUGGGGUCAUUGUCCAUUUGGAAGACCCAUUUGCGACCAAGCUUUAACUUCCUAACUGAUGUCUUGAGAUGUUGCUUCAAUAUAUCCACAUAAUUUUCCUUCCUCAUGAUGCCAUCUAUUUUGUGAAGUGCACCAGUCCCUCCUGCAGCAAAGCACCCCCACAGCACGAUGCUGCCACCCCCGUGCUUCUCAGUUGGGAUGGUGUUCUUCGGCUUGCAAGCAACCCCCUUUUUCCUCCAAACAUAACGAUGGUCAUUAUGGCCAAACAGUUCUAUUUUUGUUUCAUCAGACCAGAGGACAUUUCUCCAAAAAGUACGAUAUUUGUCCCCAUGUGCAGUUGCAAACCGUAGUCUGGCUUUUUAUGGCGGUUUUGGAGCAGUGGCUUCUUCCUUGCUGAGCGGCCUUUCAGGUUAUGUCGAUAUAGGACUCCUUUACUGUGGAUAUGGAUACUUUUGUACCUGUUUCCUCCAGCAUCUUCACAAGGUCCUUUGCUGUUGUUCUGGGAUUGAUUUGCACUUUUCGCACCAAAGUACGUUCAUCUCUAGGAGACAGAAAGCGUCUCCUUCCUGAGCGGUAUGACGGCUGCGUGGUCCCAUGGUGUUUAUACUUGCGUACUAUUGUUUGCACAGAUGAACGUGGUACCUUCAGGCGUUUGGAAAUUGCUCCCAAGGAUGAACCAGACUUGUGGAGGUCUACAAUUUUUUUUUCUGAGGUCUUGGCUGAUUUCAUUUCAUUUUCCCAUGAUGUCAAGCAAAGAAGCACUGAGUUUGAAGGUAGGCCUUGAAAUACAUCCACAGGUACACCUCCAAUUGACUCAAAUGAUGUCAAUUAGCCUAUCAGAAGCUUCUAAAGCCAUGACAUCAUUUUCUGGAAUUUUCCAAGCUGUUUAAAGGCACAGUCAACUUAGUGUAUGUGGAGUGGUUGAAAAACUUCUGACCCACUCAAAUUGUGAUACGGUGAAAUAAUCUGUCUGUAAACAAUUGUUGGGAAAAUUACUUGUGUCAUUCACAAAGUAGAUGUCCUUACCGACUUGCCAAAACUAUAGUUUGUUAACAAGACAUUUGUGGAGUGGUUGAAAAACGAGUUUUAAUGACUCCAACCUAAGUGUAUGUCAACUUCCGACUUCAACUGUAGAAUUUCAUGUUCACAUGUGAAAAACAAUCACGUAAAAAUCAAAUUAGCAGCUUUAAAAUCUGGUGUUGAAAUAAUGUUAUUCUCCUCACAUGAGAUGAUGUUAACAUGUUGCAAACAAAAAUAAUUAUAUUGAAAGCAAAACAUAAACCCCAAAGUAUUGAUAGCAAAACAAAAUAUUGCAAGGAAAUCAUUUCAAAAUGUGAGAACAAAUGAAUUGUAAAUUAAUGCAAAAAAAUUGUUUUACGUGAUUUUUGGGGGGGAUAACGCGAUUAAAUAAAACACAUCCCUCUUUCCUCUUUCCUGCAAUUUUCCCUAUCUUUGGUUAUGUUACCCUGGCCUUAGCUGCCUUUUUUCCAGUUGCAAGUUUUGGCACAUUCAUACUAGCAACAUAGCACUGCUAGUUUGCCUCAGAAGGUAAGCAGGGUUGGUCCCUGGAUGGGAGACCAGAUGUAGCUGGAAGUGGUGAAAAAAAUUUCCCCCAAAAAUUGUCACGUGGUCAAAAAAAAAAUCACGAUGGAAAAGCACAUAUACAAUUUUUACAUGUGAAACUUCACACGUGUCCGAAAACUACAUGUCUCUGACUGAAAAUCUCAACAAAUAAAUGUAUUUGUUUUUUUUACAUUAACAUUUUCACUUGAUUUGUUCACGUGUGAAAUUGGAAGGUGUUUUUUUCACAUGAUUUUAUUCAUGUUUUUUUGUUGUUGUAAGGGUUAGCCUGGUCCUAGAUCUGUGCUGGUUGUUGAACUUGAGUAUGACCAUAGGAGUUUGCAAGACAGCAAAAACAGAUCUGGGACCUGGCUAAGUGGCAGUAGCCUGUCUUGAGAUUUUAUUAGGAUAUGGCCAUACAAAUAUUUGGCUCCUCACAUAUCCGUUUUUUGCUGUCUAGGCAAGACAGGAUAAACAGAUCUGGGAUUAGGCUAUACGAAUAUCACUUGGCUGAGAUAUCCAAGGGAGGACCUGGAAUAUUACUGAAAUACUCCAGAUAUUUGGGAGAUUCCUCUGCUUAGACAGGGAGAGGGAGAAACAAAUGCAGAGUGGUAUUGAAUAUCAAAUUAACAAAUGAACUGUUCCACCUCCUCCUAUACAGUCUCAAUACAGUUUGUUUCCAUUUGAGUUAGGCUAAUCAGGGUGGCUUGAAUCAUUUGAGUAGUUCCAACUCUGAGGGCAAAAGAGUAAAUGUAGGGAACUGAAACACUAGUUUCAAUUGCAGAUUAUUCUCCAAUCCCCCUGUGAAGUUAUUUGGUGUUUUUUGUUUUUGUGAGAAAUGCAGUAUAUACAGGUAUUGACUAUUGAUCUAAGGUAGGAGAAAUGACAGAGAAGCUCUAUAAUACUGUAACAGGCGUUUGGAAAUGACCGUCCCUUCCUGCUCACAUACAGCUGAGCAUCAUGGGAGUCCCUAUGGUUACCGUGUCUCUGGAGGACUUGGCCGUGGCGGGGUCUCUCCCCGCAUGCCAGGACGUCAGGGUCGGUCCCCCCAGCCCACCGUACCCCCCGAGACCCUCAUCAUACCAGCCCAUGCCCCGAGGGUCCAGCUCAGCCAAACCGACAUCAGGAAGCUGAGGUUACUAUCUAUCAAUAACUUGUUUGUAUUGUUGGGGUUGUAACUUUUUCUUGUUGUCUUUUUAAUAUCAUCAUUAGGUACAGUGCUAUGAAAAAGUAUUUGCCCCCUUUCUAAUUUUCUCUACUUUUGCAUAUUUGUGAUACUGAAUGUUAUCAGAUCUUCAACCAAAACCUAAUAUUAGAUAAAGGGAACAUAAGUGGACAAAUAUCACAACAAUUACAUAUUUAUUUCAUAAACAAAGUUAUGCAACACCCAAUUCCCCUGUGUGAAAAAGUAAUUGCCCCCUUACACUCAAUAACUGAUUGUGCCACCUUUAGCUGCAAUGACUCCAACCAAAUGCUUCCUGUAGUUGUUGAUCAGUCUUUCACGUCGCUGUUUAGGAAUUUUGGCCCACUCUUCCAUGCAGAACUGCUUUAACUCACUGACGUGUGGGUUUUCAAGCAUGAACUGCUCGUUUCAAGUCCUGCCACAACAUCUCAAUUGGGAUUAGGUCUGGACUUUGACUAGGCCUCUAGUCCUCUUAAAAUUCAUGGUUCCUUCUAUUAAGGCAAGUCUUCCAGGAAUUGCCUAGUCAAAGUCCAGACCUAAUCCCAAUUGAGAUGUUGUGGCAGGACUUGAAACGAGCAGUUCAUGCUUGAAAACCCACACGUCACUGAGUUAAAGCAGUUCUGCAUGGAAGAGUGGGCCAAAAUUCCUCCACAGCGACGUGAGAGACUGAUCAACAACUACAGGAAGUAUUUGGUAGGAGUCAAUGCAGCUAAAGGUGGCACAACCAGUUAUUGAGUGUAAGGGGGCAAUUACUUUUUCACACAGGGGAAUUGGGUGUUGCAUAACUUUGUUUAUGAAAUAAAUAUGUAAUUGUUGUGUUAUUUGUUCACUUACGUUCCCUUUAUCUAAUAUUAGGUUUUGGUUGAAGAUCUGAUAACAUUCAGUAUCACAAAUAUGCAAAAGUAGAGAAAAUUAGAAAGGGGGCAAAUACUUUUUCAUAGCACUGUAGAUGUUAUUUGUUUUACCAUUCAGAACCCCUUUGGAAAUAUGUAUUUGUAUUAAUCAAUGCAUGUGCUAUCCUCUGAGGUUCAAAUGCACAUCUUACUGAUUUAAUAUUUCAGUUGCAACUGUAAAAUUCAACAACAUUCAACUCAACUCAACUCCCAUUUAAUUCAACUCAAUUCUAUUCUAUUUGAUUCCACCCAGGUUCAAGCCCACGGUGGGGUCAGUGCACCUAUCCGAGGGCCACGAGGCCAAGUUCAACUGCUCCAUCGACGUCCCUGACGCCAACCUGGACCUCACCGUGCUGUGGAGGAAGAACAACAUGGAGCUGGCUGAAAACCUGCAGGUGGUCAUCAACGAACUACAGACCGUCACACACGGGAUCAUGACCCUACUGUCCACCGUCAGGUAACUGUGACCGGAGCAUUGGAGUGGGAGCAGGGGACAUUCUUGGCAGACACAGCACGUGAAGAAAAUAGCAUUUGGAUACUUAGAUCCUUGCCAUUUUUUAAAGUUAAACUGCCAAGCUUUCGGUCACAAUCGACCUUCGUCAGAGCAUAGAAAAACAAACACAAAAAGACACAGAGAGUGGAAUCAGUAUGAUAAAUCAGGUGAAAAAGUUCUGAAAUGUCUGGUUGCUAAAUUUUUCCACUACUUGUGUGUCUCAGCAUAACUCGUGUGCAGAGAGCUGACGCUGGGGACUACCGCUGUAGACUGAGAGUCAAUGACAAAGUGAUAGAGUCCCAGCCUAUCAGCAUCCAGGUCGAAGGUGAGUCCCAACAUCAUACGAGUGCAUUAAAUGGAUGACAAGGUUUUCCAUGACUGGUUCCAAUAUACUGUGUGUUUUAGGGGAUCAGUUUGAGCAAGAUGAGGCGUAGAAUCACUGAUCAUAAUAAGUAGUUAUUUGUGAUGAAAGGGGAUUCUGCAUAGCCUGACUGCAAUGUAGUCGAUCUCAAACAUGUACUCUGUUUGUCUGUGUGUGUUUUUAGGUCUACCAACGUUCACCAGACAGCCAGAUGACAGGAACGUAACUCGUAACAGCCCCUUUAACCUGUCGUGUGAAGCGGUGGGUCCCCCGAAUCCUAUCAUGAUCCACUGGCUACGCAAUGGAGUGUCUGAGAUGGGGUACGUUACGCCCUCCCCCAGCAACUACACUGUAGCAGGUGAGAGAGAGACACGCGCACACACACGCACACACAUACACACACGGGCACAUGCACAGGCGCAUGCACAGAUGAGCACACACGCGUGCGUAGACAUGCACACACACAUGCACAUACACACAUAUGCACAUACACACAUGCACAUACACACAUAUGCACAUACAAUCUCUUGCUUUCAUAUGAAGUAUUGAACUGUGGCUGCCAAUAUUAUCUCAGUACCUCUUUCUGGGUUUCACAUAGAGUCUGGAGGUGUAUUGUAUUGUUCUAUUGCUCCAUCAUCUUAGUUUGCAUCACAAAUGACACCCUAUUCCCUAUAAAGUGCACUACCUUUGACCAGAGCCUCUGGUCUAAAGUGGUGCACUACAUAGGGAAUAUGGUGCUAUUUGGGACACACCCUUAGCCUCUCUCCUAAGGCCUAGAAAACCUCUUAAAAGAAAGAAAGUGGAAUUCCACUCCACGCUUUGCCGAUUUCUCUAAACUUUGAAUUCAGGUCAUUGGCUAAUACAUAGACGUUGAUUGAAUAGGGAUCUUAGCAGCUCACCUGAAUCUCUCCUUUAUAACGCCACAUGUAGGUCAUGUUAUAUUUUGCAAUGUUGAGUUGGGUUUUUUCCCCCAAGUCCUAAAGGAAAUGAGUGCAUAGGUCUAUUAAGGGAAAUGUUUUGUUCUGUGUGAAUGUUAUUGAUUAACCAUUUUUUCACCUUAUCUGAAGUAAAUUACCUUGUUAUUUCAUUAAAGUUAAUUGUUUCAUGUAAGAAAAAAAUAUAUAUAUAUAGAGAGAUAGAUAUAUAGAGAUAUAUAGAGAAAGUAAGACUGAAAGAGAGUAGGAGGACCAAGAUGAACUUGUGUUGUGGUUUAUGGAGGGAAUACGGUUUCUUCAUAUCACUGAAUGUCCUGGCAGUCUGGCACAUUUUGUUAUUCAGAAGAGAUGGUAAAGGACAUUCGUGUCAGUGUUUGUGUGGUGUGUGUGUGUGUGUGUGAUUGGUGUAAAAUGUGCAGAGCUGUGUCCUACUCAGCUGUAGCAGAGAUGUGUUGGAGGUCUGAAUACUGUGGUGUCAGUCUAUCUGCAGCCUCAGCGUCUGUUUCUCCCUUUCUCUCUCUCCCACUCUCUCUUUCCCCAUCUCUUUCUCUCUCUCCCACUCUCUCUUUCCCCCAUCUCUUUCUCUCUCUCCCACUCUCUCUUUCCCCCAUCUCUUUCUCUCUCUCCCACUCUCUCUUUCCCCCAUCUCUUUCUCUCUCUCUCUCCCCUCUCUCUUCCCUCUCUUCUCUCCCCCAUCUCUCUUGCCCCCAUCUCUUUCUUCUCUCCUUCCCACUCCUCCCACUCUUCCCCCAUCUCUUUCUCUCUCCCACUCUCUCUUUCCCCCAUCUCUCUCUCUCUCCCCUUCCUCUUUCCCCAUCUCUCUCUCUCUCCCCCUCUCUUCUUCUUUCCCCCAUCUCUUUCUCUCUCUCCCCACUCUCUCGUUCCCCCCAAUCUCUUUCUCUCUAUACCCACUCCUCUCUCUUUCCCCCAUCUCUUUCUCUCUCCCUCUGCUCUCCAUUUUCCUCUCUCUCUUUUUGUCUCUGUGUGUUUCAUACAGUCUCUCUCUCUCUCUCUCUCUCUCUCUCUCUCUCUCUCUCUCUCUCUCUCUGCACUAUCCCCCCUUUCUCCCUCUCUGUCCUGCUACCACAUAGAGAUGUAUCACCAUGUUCACUGUCACCGUGGGCCCCCUGGGUUACACUGCUGAAUAGCUGACCACUUUCAACCGGACUCACUCAUGCUUUAACAAUGCCUGUGUGUGUGUGUCUGUAUGUGUGGACUGUAAUCUAAGAUAACCAUGUUGGUUAUUGGGGGAAAUGGAUCCUUUCAGUUAGUCUUGGUGGGGAGGAAUCUGAUACUGUCAGGGGUCAAGAUAAGCUUUUUGUGCAAGGAGAAUGGUUUGUGUGGUUUGAUGAAUGGGCAUGUGUUGCGUGUCAAAAAGACUGAGUAAAGCUUUAACAUUUUGGCCUGGAUAUUUGCUAAGUUAGUUAUGAUUUGAAUCCUGGACUGACAGAGUGGAGACUGCACCAUUGAAAUGCUCCAAAACACCUAAAGGGGCCUUAAUGAUUAGUAAUAAAUAUCUUGAAGCUUGAGCAGUGUUGUGAGCAUAAAACUUUAAGUUACAUGCCUCCUUUAGGUUCUCCCACAGACAAACACCUCUCUUCAAUGUGAAAACACAACAUUGGCUCUAUGCAAUUUACAGCAGCUAAUUUACUUGGUGCCCUGGGGCAAAGCAUUCUUUAAUUACCGGUAGAUCAGCUUUAAUAUUGCAUAUAGAUUGUGGGUUCUAUCAAUGUAAUUGUUUGCAUCAUUUCCAAUCACCCAUAUUUAAUUGUAUUUUCCCCUAACCCUACCACCCCUCCUCUACUUGGAGUAAACUAAUGGACAACAAUUCUUAGACUUCUACUUCCAACUUAUUUUUUCAACUGUUCUGUGAAGUUUCACAAAAGUUCUGAACCUUUCUGUUCUCAUAAUUUCUACAGAUUCUAAAUUAAAGAGGAACAUUUUUACUAAGUGUAUUAUUAUAUUAUUGAUCGAUUGACUAUGGCUUUUCAAAUCACCCAGCACUAACAGGGUCUGGUAGCGCUCAAGUUCUCCCUGUCAGAAUAAGCAACAGAGGACUUGGAAACCAUAUCAACUCCUAUAGAAAUGGCACUAUAGUUAUUGUGAAUAGGCUCAUUUAUGUUCUUCUAACUCUGCCUUCUAGUGAGUUUAUACAAACAGUCAUAUCCUACCAUUCUGAUAGAUUGGAGACUGUCAGAAAACAUUGUUGUAACGUUAAUUAUUUGGUUGUUAUUCCAUUGGUUACCUCGAGGCAGAUGCCCCAGGGGCAGAGCAUUGAAUAUGGCGCUUUUAAAUGUUAUAGCAAUCACUAGUAAAACCUUUCUCAUGAAUUACCUCAUAAUGAUUACUCACUGAAACAUGGCUGUCUUCAGACAUAUCCUCUAUUAUUGAUGUUACUUUAUCUGAUCACCACUGUGUAUUUUUUUACUACCUUUGUUGCCCAUAGGGUAAUACUGAACACAUUAUUAAGAAACGCUUCUUACCUCUGAAGUUGCUACAGAUUUUAUUGAGUGUAUGAACAAUACACCAUCACCUAUUCUGCCUUCUUCUUAUGAUGAUUUAGUUGAUAACUUUAAUAGCAAAUUAAGGGCAACCAUUGAUGCCAUAACUCUAGUAAGGUUGAAAAGGGCCACAUCCAAACGGAGAGCCCCUUGGAUGACUGAGGAAACAAAUCUACUAAAGAGAAAUUGCAGAGUAGAAGUGGAGAAAGUCAAAGUUGCAGGACAUUAUAAUAUUCUGAGAAAGCAACUUGGCAUAUAUAACAAGGCAAUUAGAAAUGCCAGAUGGGGAAAUGUUUCUAACUUGAUCACUAAUAAUCAGAAUAAAUCGAGAGUGCUCUUCUCGACAAUUGAUGGCCUGAUAAAUCCUACCCCCGCAAACCUAUGUGAACUUUCCUCCACAUCUAAAUGUGAUGAGUUUGUGGCAUAUUUCAGAGAUAAGAUAACAAACAUUAGGCUGGGUAUCAGUCAAGAAAGACCUGAUGAGAAGUUUGAUGAUAUGUGCCUUAGACCACGCAAAGGCACUAUGGAGUUACUUUCCCUGGUUGACACAGACAUGCUCAGGAAAGUGAUAUCAAAACUUAAGUCUUCCACCUGCCUUCUCGUUCCUGUCCCCACCACCUUCUUCAAAACUGUUUUUAAUUGCAUAUCUGAAGAAGUGCAAGCUAUUGUUAAUCACUCCCUGUUUACAGGCACUUUCCUCACUGCACUAAAAACUUAUAUGGUGAAACCCCUUCUGAAGAAAAGUAAUUUAUAUUCUUCAGCUCUUAGCAAUUUUCGGCCAAUCUCCAACCUUCCAUUCUUAAGCAAAAUUCUUGAGAAAUUGGUUUUCAAACAGCUAAAUUAUUUUUUAAAGUGCCAACUGUAUUUUUGAAAAAUUCAAAUCUGGUUUUUGUGCCCACCACAGCACAAAGACAGCCUUAAUUAAAGUGGUAAAUUAUCUUAUUGCCAACACAGAUGUCAAACAGCUAUCUGUCCUUGUAUCCUUGGAUUGAAGUGCUGCAUUCGACACUGUUGACCACGAUAUCCCUCUGGUCAGACUGGAGAGGUGGGUUGGCCUCUCCGGUCCAGUUCUAAAUUGAUUUAGGACAGUUUUUUGUCACCCUUGGUGAACAUAACUCAGAGAAAAUAAACUCAGCAAAAAAAUAAACUUCCCUUUUUCAGGACCCUGUCUUUCAAAGAUACAGUGGUGAGUUGUGGGGCCUUUAGUAGUCUAGACACAGUGGUGAGUUGUGGGGCCUUUAGUAGUCUAGACACAGUGGUGAGUUGUGGGGCCUUUAGUAGUCUAGACACAGUGGUGAGUUGUGGGGCCUUUAGUAGUCUAGACACAGUGGUAAGUUGUGGGGCCUUUAGUAGUCUAGACACAGUGGUGAGUUGUGGGGCUACUGGCUGGGAGGUGAAGGGUUAGAGGCCAGAGUUGUGCUUUUUCCUAGUGUGUGACAUGGCUGGGGUUGUGAGCGUGUGUGUGUGUGUGUGAUGGGGGUUGUAGAGGAGAUAGACGGAUCGGGGGAUGGCUCCCUGGACAAAGGCCUCAUUCACGGGACGGCCCACCACCCCGCUCUGCUUUACAGGGAGGGGAUUUAAAGGGGAGCUGGCUGGGGACUGCCUGGCUGCAGGCUGGCAGGGUUUACUUACAUCCACAUCUCUGGAUGUUACGGGUAGCCUUUCCUCCCACUAACACUGACCAGUUUCCUUUCCUUUUCUGACUCGAUUCUGAUUCUGAUUGAAGUUUGGGCCUGUUCAGCUUUUGUUACUAGGGUGGUAGCCUACUGUUGUUAUGGGUAGCCUUUCCUCCCUCAAAUACGGACCAUUUUCCUUUCUGUAUAUUAAAGUCCAGUCAGCCACUGUUCUCUCCCAGAACAAUACAUGUUACAUAAUGAUUUACAAACUUAGUCCCCAGAGGCACAGUACAGGGUCAGACCAUGGCCACAUUACAUGCCCACAAUCUCCUCAGAGCACAAAGGGAACAAAUAUGUUACAGUGUAUUCAAAGAUGGAAUGGAAUAGGCUACUUCAGUCGAAAAUUGAAAAAGAAAUCGGGGGCAAAAUGUGAUGCAUUGAUAUAAAAAAGAGCAGAAGAAAAUAUCUGAGAUGUGUGUCCCCAAGUGUACUCCUUUUGACCACAACCCAGUGGAACCUGGUCAAAAGUAGUGCACUAUAUAGAGAAUAGAGUGCCAUUUGGGUCUCAUACUGGGCUAUAUGAGGUUGUUCUGCAACCAGGUCAGUUCAGCAGUGAAAGCCUGGUAGAAUGGAACCAUAGAAAUAGAAUGGAACCUUGCCAAACCGGAUAAUUACACACUGUUUGUUGGACUUGGAACCGCAAUGCAAUACUUCCAGGGCUAGUUACAGAGAGAUCAUACAUUUGGCUCGCUGGUUAUAGAGAGAUCAUACAUCUGGGCUUGAUUGAGGUUGCCUGACUAAAUGGAACCAAUAGAAUAGUCGCAAAAGUGCAAAUCCCUGUCCAUUUGGCACUCUAGGCAGACUAAAGCAAUGCUAAAAGUAUUUGAAAGAUUUCAAAUAGUAUUUGAACACAGUUUUGGCUCACUCCAGCCCACUCACUCUCUAUAUGCAUUUCAGCCCACUCACUCUCGCUAUGCAUUUACCGGUAUCCACUAAACCAGUUUCAAUGUUGUUAGCCUUUUAGUUGGAAUGGUCACUUGCAAGUCUCAAGAGAUUCUGUUUUGAGCUGCAGGAGUUGUCUAGGACCGCCACCAAUAAAUGGAGUGGGUGUGAAGAGCAAGUGUCUGACCUUUUGCUUCGUGUGUUGUCUUUUUAUUUGGACUCUUUAGUACUUAUUGAAUGAUCUGUGAGUUGAAAGGCCCUCUGAAAGACGCUGUUUCUUCUCUGUAUGUGUCCCAAAUGGCACCCCAUUCCCUUUAUAGUGAAUUACUUUUCACCAGGGCCAUAGGACUCUGGUCAAACGUAAUGCACUAAAUAGGGAAUGGGGUGCCAUUUGGGACUUACACACAAUGUCUUCUCUAGAAAGGGAAGCUGGAAGCUUGGUUGUUGUUUACUAGAUUUGGCUCUUUCGCUGUUGCCUGAAAUAGACUUAAACUUUGGUUUGCCAAAAAAGCCUUUUCUGCUCUAUAAAACCAGUAUCAUAGACUGAGUAACUCUUUCUCUCUCUCUCUCUCUCUCUCUCUCUCUCUCUCUCUCUCUCUCUCUCUCUCUCUCUCUCUCUCUCUCUCUCUCUGUGACCGUAUGCUGGCUUGUCUACAGCCUCUCUCAGUUUGUAAUGGGAGGUUAGUUUAUUUGUCUUUUUGAACAGCUUCAAUCCUGCUGGAAGUAUUUAGUAACUCUGAGUAAACAUGAGAGAGAUCAUGUGACUUUGAGAGAUGUCAAAACUUUGAUCAUAGUUUUACCAAAACAUAAGGUUUUAGUUUAUAAAGGAUUUGUAGGUAUUUAUGUAGACCGUAUAAUGGGCUUAGGAGGUAAGCUUCAGUACUUUUGAAACUCACUUGUUUAAAAUGUCAAUGUUUGACUGCCUUGAUAACUGAGUGAGAGGCUCCAUACCCUAACGAGACAGAUGUGGCAAAGAGAACACUGCAGCACCAUCAACACCCAAAAGGCUGAAGCAAGGCAGCAGAAGUAGAAGCACAGACUCCGACAGAUAUUUCAACCAAUGCACCAUCCAGGGGAAUGUACAGAUAAAUGUGACAUACAAUAAGUAGCUAUAGCUUUUUCAGCUGUGGUGGAUAAUAAAGAGAAUGUACGGUUUAAUUUAUUAAAAUCAGCUCAAAUGAAUGUCAUGGAUUGUCUUUCUUUUGACUGAACAGUGAGCAGGCAAAGUCGCGCAUCAUAAGCUCAUUGUUAUGGAUGUAUCCAAAUAAAUCUAACUAGAAAACAGCUUAAACAAAUGCAAAUGCAGCUACUUUGCUGUUAUUCUGGCUGCACUUUUUGACGCGACUGUAAAUUAGCCGUAGUUGGUUAGCUAGCAAGCAAGGGAUAAGAACGUUGCCAGUCAGUAUGGCAAGGGAACAAAAAGAAGGAACGACUGGGUCGUGUCUCUAGCAACCCUAGAUUUGUGUCGGGACUAUAUCUUGUGGAAGGAUGAAAUAGUACGAAUACAUUUAUCAAAAUAAUGUUUUUAAUGAAAAUCAUUAUUUGAAUAUGUUGGUAACCCGUUGUAUAAAAGUGAUAAUGCCCUCGAAGCCGGUGUUUGUUGGAUAUAUUUCUACAGAGGGUUUUUCAUUGAACCCAAAAGGGUUCUACCUGGAACCAGAAAGGGUUCUCCUAUGGGGACAGCCGAAGAACCCUUUUAGAACCCUUUUUUCUAAGAGUGUACAUUACCCAUUAUACUCUGUACUUCAUGUCUCUACACCUCACCAAGACAACAGGCUCAUUAGAUAUUCAGAGGAAAGUAAACAAAACUAGAAAAGGUAAAUGUCCUGAAGAAAAUGUGUGUACUUGCUUCAGCAGUCUAAAAGUCUGUUGUAUGGUGGUGGUAUAAGUUUAAAUUGGUAAAGGCUAAUGUAGAAUCACAGUGAGGGUACAGUACAGAACACAUUAAUUUGAUAUUCCGAAAAAUUUAAACAACAACAAGCCAAGCUGUUUCCAGUUCCAGUCAGCUCUCAUGGGCAGAGCAAGCAGUGCAUUGUGGAACGAUUUCCGAGCUUGAAGGCAGAGCAAACAGUACAUUGUUGUGGAAAAGGUUUCCAAGCAUGAAACACUGGACAGUGUGGAAAAAAACAACACAAAAGGGACAUUAUAUGGAGCAGGCCUACGCUGGGUAGAUGCAGGGUUUAAACACUGGGACUGUGUGGUGGUAGCCAGGGGAAAGAACCCAGGCAUUGAGAGAGAUGCCAUUGGUCCAGUCUGGACUCUAGUAGUGCAGAAGCGAUUGCAAAGUGGAAAGAUGCAAAAGUUUUGUUUAUUGUUGAGGUACUGCUAUAAUCUAACCUGACACUUUACUCGCCAACUAACAUGACACUUGACUCUCUAUAUGUAGGUACUAGGCCUAUGUUCUAAAAAGGAUGAUUCAAGGAUGAAUGUGGUUUACAGUGUUUUAUCUCACACUCACAACAAACCACUCAACCACUCACAUCACUAAUUCUCUUUAGGCCUACUUGGGACUGAAGCUCUUCCCCCUAUCAAGCUGACACAGCUCUCAUCAGCCUUUUUCAUGGCCUAACACUUUACCCACUACAGUACAUGUAGCCCUGUAUUCUGCUAAUGGUAAACUAUUAUAAGUGACAUCUACUUUCAGGAGUUAAGUGGAAGGGAGUGAAAUGAAAAAGUGGCUUUAGUUGGCUUGUAUCACUUUUUUUGAUAUGUGAAUUUUGCAGCUGACACAAUAUGAAAAUUGGUUUCUGUUUGUGUGGUAGUUGGUAGCGGCAUGAACGUUAUCAAGACCUUGACUUACUUUCUAUUGCCUUGUAGUAGUUUCUGUACUGUAUGCCCAUGAUAAAUGUAUUGUUUGUAAAAGUUUCAAUUGAAACAUUUCAGUGGUUGAGUUCACCAAGUUGAACUUGAAGAGAUGAAUAAGGACACACACUACUACUCCACCAUACUUUUAUUUGGUUAUACACAAAGUUCAACUUUACAUUGGAAGCAUUAUCAUUAUAAAACGUGUUCCAUUACCUUAUCCUUCUGUACAAUUCAGUUAACAUGUUCUGCUGUGUUAUGUUUUUGUCUGUAGGUGUGGACAAGUAUACCCAAUUCAGCUGUGAGGCCCACAACCAGAAAGGUGUCACUACUUCCAGGGAAGCAAACGUCAACAUUAAAGGUAAUGUGGACUCCAAAGUCUCCUCCCACACUUUGAACUGAUUGAAUAAGAUAACAUGGACAGGGGAGAUCAUCCUAGUUCAGCACUCCUACUCUGAGAUGUUUUGUGAAUAUGGGAUUUGAUCUUUUUGAGUGCACAUUCAGACACGUCAAGCUGUCUGAGCAAUAAUAGUGCCUUAUAGUGCCUUAUAUCUCAGUGGGUGGUGCCCGGUGAGGCAGCCACGGUGUUAGGUCGCUGCUCGGGUGUUUUUUGGUUUUCUUUGUUAACUUAUGGAUUGCUGUUUUGGCUGUAUUUAUUGUGUAUGGGGAUUCUAUUUAAACAAUAAGGCAGAGGGGGUGUGGUAUAUGGCCUAUAUACCACAAACCCCAGAGGUGCCUUAAUGUUAUUAUAAACUGGUCACCAACGUAGUUAGAGCAGUAAAAAUACAUGUUUUGUCAUACCUGUGGUAUAUGGUCUGAUAUACCACGGCUGUCAGCCAAUCAGCUUUUAGGGCUCGAACCACCCACUUUAUAAUCAUCAAUAUAUUCUGUCUGUAUAUUCUGUUUAUUCUGGCAGCACCAUUUCAGGUAAAUGUUCUAGUUCAUGUAAAUGUACUUGGCAAAUAAAGAUGAUUCUAAUGCUCCUUCUCUCGUGAUGAUGGAUUGUGUUUGGUAUGUUUGCAGUGCUUCCAGCUCCUGUCUCUGAGGUCACAGUGAUACAACGUGAAUCUAACAAACUUGUUCUGAGAUGGACCCCUGGACACGAUGGAUUCUCCCCACUCACUACCUGCCAGAUCAGGGUAAGCAAAGCUCCACACUCUCUGCCUAGAUAGUGUAUGAUGACACAGAGAGACUAGCCUGGCUACCCAUCCACAGUGCUCCGGCCAAACGCCACGCCCACUAACGUUUCUUUUCCACGAUAAGUCUGGAUUUGAUCUCCUACCUGAUGACUUCUCGAAUGCGAACACAUUCAAACCGUUUUGAUUGGUCCCAGAAACCGAUGGGUUGGGCCAGAGCCUGAACACGUGGGUAAAGCGCAGUUUCUGAAAUAGUCAUUGGCUUUGAUACUCGCUGAUGGCUUGUUUUGUACAACGCCCCUCACUUUGACGUCAGCAGAGAGGACUUCUAGGAUGGCAGUCUGAAUGAAUGUAUGUUGUGAUAGAUAAAGCAGAGGAAUUCAAUUCAGUAUGAGUCAUCAGGCAACAGAGAGACAGCACCAGUCCAAAUACACAACUUGCUGAUAGUAUCAGUCAGUUGUCAAUUCAAACAAAUGUUUAUCAGUGUUUAUUUGAAGCCCUGCCUAAGGGUUGUUUAGUGUUGUUCCUAAACAACUUUGUGAUAUUUUUGCACAAAUGUAUCUUUUUGUAAGAAAAUUAUAUCCUAAAUGUCUGUCUACAGUAGGCUACUGUUGUGAUGAACAUAGAACCUAUAUUUUUCCCUGUGCUCUCUUCAAGGUGAAAGAGGUGAGCCGAAGGAGGGGAGAGGUCAGGCUGGCUAGGAUAAUCAACGCUACAGCUCCUCCGUUCCAGAGUGAUGUCCCGGGGUUACAGGCCAUGACCUGGUACAACAUGAGCGUUUCCUGUAGCAAUGAGCUUGGCCAAUCACCAGUCAGUACCUGGGUCCAGAGCAACACUACAGAAGGAGGUGGGUAACAUCUAUGGGCCCGGGUAAAAGGUAGUGCACUAUGUAGGGAAUAGGGUGCCAUUUAGGACACAACCCCAUUGUCUUUGAGCAGGUGCUGGACAUCAAUACAUUUUCAAUACAAGGUGAAAAGAGACUCUGUACACUGCAUUCUAUGCUCCCAUGUGAAUUAUUGGUGACAACGUUUCAGCCACAUCAUGAUCCGCUAUACUGCAGCCAGGCCAUGGGUCAGUUUGGAGAUUUCUGUAGUGUUUUCAUGCAUAGAGAAUACAUAGGUCGCAGGAGCAUCCUGUCCAGGUCAUUGCCUUCUUAAGACUGCAUACAUCAUAUGCACUUGCCUGUAUGGGAUUCUGUAGAUCCUGUGUUAGGUCCUGCCUCUGUAUAAGAUGCAUGGCUGUGUGUUGUGCUAUUGUAGCCUGGGGGGAUCCAAAUUGAAUUGUUACAUUUCACAGUUGUUUCACUUCACGAAAGAGAGCAAUUCAGUUUGGAUCCGAGCUAGUUUUCUUGACCCCUCAUCCCAUCAAGUAUUCAGAAAGCAGUUUAAUUUCAUUGAUCAGAAAUUGUUAGAAGUACAGUACAUAUUAUGUUUUGCAUGACAGGGGGUUCCCUAGUGAAAUGUACGUCACGUCCAGAAUACAGUGGCUUGCGAAAGUAUUCACCCCCCUUGGCAUCUUUCCUAUUUUGUUGCUUACAACCUGGCAUUAAAAACAUUUUUGGGGGGGGUUUGUAUCAUUUGAUUUACACAACAUGUCUACCACUUUGAAGAUGCAAAAUAUUUUUUAUUGUGAAACAAACAAGAAAUAAGACAAAAAAACUGAAAACUUGAGCAUGCAUAACUAUUCACCCCCCCCCCCCCCAAAGUCAAUACUUUGUAGAGCCACCUUUUGCAGCAAUUACAGCUGCAAGUCUCUUGGGAUAUGUCUCUAUAAGCUUGGCACAUCUAGCCACUGCGAUUUUUGCCCAUUCUUCAAGGAAAAACUGCUCCAGCUCCUUCAAGUUGGAUGGGUUCCGCUGGUGUACAGCAAUCUUUAAGUCAUACCACAGAUUCUCAAUUGGAUUGAGGUCUGGGCUUUUACUAGGCCAUUCCAAGACAUUUAAAUGUUUCCCCUUAAACCACUCGAGUGUUGCUUUAGCAGUAUGCUUAGGGUCAUUGUCCUGCUGGAAGGUGAACCUCCGUCCCAGUCUCAAAUCUCUGGAAGACUGAAACAGGUUUCCCUCAAGAAUUUCCCUGUAUUUAGCUCCAUCCAUCAUUCCUUCAAUUUUGACCAGUUUCCCAGUCCCUGCCGAUGAAAAACAUCCCCACAGCAUGAUGCUGCCACCACCAUGCUUCACUGUGGGGAUGGUGUUCUCGGGGUGAUGAGAGGUGUUUGGUUUGCGCCAGACAAAGGGUUUUCCUUGAUGGCCAAAAAGCUCAAUUUUAGUCUCAUCUGACCAGAGUACCUUCUUCCAUAUGUUUGGGGAGUCUCCCACAUGCCUUUUGGCGAACACCAAACGUGUUUGCUUAUUUUUUUCUUUAAGCAAUGGCUUUUUUCUGGCCACUCUUCCGUAAAGCCCAGCUCUGUGGAGUGUACGGCUUAAAGUGGUCCUAUGGACAGAUACUCCAAUCUCUGCUGUGGAGCUUUGCAGCUCCUUCAGGGUUAUCUUUGGUCUCUUUGUUGCCUCUCUGAUUAAUGCCCUCCUUGCCUGGUCCCUGAGUUUUGGUGGGCGUUCCUCUCUUGGCAGGUUUGUUGUAGUGCCAUAUUCUUUCCAUUUUUUAAUAAUGGAUUUAAUGGUGCUCCGUGGGAUGUUCAAAGUUUUUGAUAAAACAUUUUUUACCCAACCCUGAUCUGUACUUCUCCACAACUUUGUCCCUGACCUGUUUGGAGAGCUCCUUGGUCUUCAUGGUGCCGCUUGCUUGGUGGUGCCCCUUGCUUAGUGGUGUUGCAGACUCUGGGGCCUUUCAGAACAGCUGUAUAUAUACUGAGAUCAUGUGACAGAUCAUGUGACACUUAGAUUGCACACAGGUGGACUUUAUUUAACUAAUUAUGUGACUUCUGAAGGUAAUUGGUUGCACCAGAACUUAUUUAGGGGCUUCAUAGCAAAGGGGGUGAAUACAUAUGCACACCACUUUUCCGUAAUUUUUUUCAUUUCACUUCACCAAUUUUGACUAUUUUGUGUAUGUCCAUUACAUGAAAUCCAAAUAAAAAUCCAUUUAAAUUACAGGAUGUAAUGCAACAAAAUAGGAAAAACGCCAAGGGGGGUGAAUACUUUUGCAAGGCACUGUAUGUCUGUUAUAUUUUCUUUGUAUAUCUUCCUGAGAGGCCACAUAGGAAGCAAAAGCAGGAGUGGUCUCAUGGAGAAAGCAUGCAGUUGGUAGAGUACGGGGUGGGGCUGCUUCUGACCUCUCUAAACUGAAGCCGCUGUGGGGGAUAUUUUAGUCUACAGAUCGGACAGAAAUCUUUCCAUGCUGUGGGAAACAUCAGAAGUGGUUGACCCGAAUGUGGCCUCAUCUCAAUCAUUUUCUUUGACGACUAGACAUAUCGAAAAUUAUUAUUAUUUGUUUCAUUACCACCUAUAUAAAAAUGUUGAUGUAACCGUGAAGGACCGUGCACAUUAAUCAACAUUUCAGUGUUCACAUCAAUGCGAAUGUGCCAGAGUUUGGCAAAAGUAGUAUGUGAGCUCUAUUUGAGUAUUAUCACAGAUUCCAAGAUUGAAGAUCAUAUUUGAGUGUGACCCUCUCUUUCCCUUCCCUUUGUUACUCCAGUACCGUCAGUCUACCCCCGUAACCUGACUGUUAUGCUAAACGAGUCAAUGCUGGUGAUCCGAUGGAAGGACCCGCCCCCGGAUAGGGUCAAUGGAAUCCUCACGGGUUAUGAUGUCAUCGUCACAUAUGGGACGCGGGUCAACAAGGUGAGUCUCCACCUGGAACCUGGAAGACAUUGAUGCUAUCACCCUAGAAAUAUGAUUAUUAGAACGGACGUUUUCAUUCUUUUUCUAUGGCGCUCACUGCCUCUCUCAAUCACUGAGUCCAUCUCCCCAUGGGUCUCAAAAAACAAUUAUAUUUUAUUCUAUUCUAUUCUAUUGAUUCAUCCAUGCCUCUGUGAGAUCUAGAAUAGCAGAAACUUGAGAUGGCCUACUGUAAAAGGUUGUGUUGCACUUUCAAUAUUAACAAUGUCAGUUUCAUACUGAGAUUUCGGUACCAAGAUUUGAGAACUGAGAUGUUCAUAUGAUUUAUAGUCCGUCAGUUUGUUCAUCAGGUGGUGUGUGUGUUUGUGUGUGUGUGUGAGAUGUGGUGGAUUGUUGGUCCUGCCUCUGACCUUGUUCCUUUCUACCAAAACAGACGGUCAACUUCCCUAUUCUCUGUCCUGAACUAAAGGGUUUCUCUCUACCGUUGAGUCAACAGUAAACUCUCCUGUGUGUAGCAAUGUGUGUCCCUGUCUGAGUCAUGGGUCAUUGGUUGGUGGAGUGAACGGAAAAUUAAUACAUUAGAUAGAUAGGGACUGUGUCCCAAAUGGCACCCUGUUCUCUAAUCCCCAACUCAGUCCUGGUGACCCCAAGGGGUGAACGUUUUGGUUUUUGCCAUUACACUACACAGCUGAUUCAAAUAAUCAAAGCUUAGGAAAGGCUGCUCUAUUUAGUGCAUAGCCCUAAGUGUGUCCCAUAGGGCUCUGGUUAGAAGUAAUGCACUACAUAGGGACUCAAACAGAGAUAUACAUGUGUAAUAACCAUGUGCCCUGUCCAGUCAAAGUUUGACGUCAUCACACAUCACCACACACAAUGGCUUUGUAACAACACCAGUGAAUGAAGGGAUAUGUAUAAUAACCCAUGUGGGUCCUGUCCAGUCAAACACUGGCUGCAUGAUGUCAUCAUCACACAAAGGCUUGGUCAGAAACAACAUUCACAUAUCAGUGACUGGAAGUGUGUGUGUGUGUGUGUGUGUGUGUGUGUGUGUGUGUGUGUGUGUGUGUGUGUGAGAAUUCUUGUGUGUGUGUAUGUAAGUGUGUGUGAGAACCAGCGCCUGUAUCCUCAGCUGUUCAGCUGUUUCACCAGCCAAACUGCUGUGUUGUUCAAGAGAGUCAUUUACAGAGUGAUUCACAGAGGGAUUCACAAAAACACCUUACAAAGACACCUAACUUAUUCUACUAUUCUACUUUUCUACUCUACUCAAUCCUACUCAACCCUACUCUACUCUACUCUACUCAAACCUACUCAACUCUACUCAACCCUACUCUACUCAAUUCUACUUUACUUUACUCUACUCAAUCCUACUCUACUCUACUCAAACCUACUCUACUCAACUCAACCCUACUCUACUCAACUCUACUUUACUCUACUCAACACUCUUAGAAAAAAGGGUUCCAAAAGGGUUCUUCAGCUUUCCCCAUAGGAGAACCCUUUUUGGUUCCAGGUAUAACUAUUUUGGGUUCCAUUUAUAACUCUCUGUGGAACGGGUUCUACAUGGAAUUCAAAAGGGUUCUACUUGGAACCGAAAGAGUUCUACCUGCAACCAAAAAGGGUUCUCCUAUGGGGACAGCCGAAGAACCCUUUUAGGUUCUAGAUGGCACUUUUUUUUUUCUAAGAGUGUACUCUACUCAACCCUACUCUACUCUACUGAACCCUACUCUACUCUACUCUACUCGAUCCUACUCUACUCAAUCCUACUCUACUUAAGUAAUAAUGCCAGAGAAGCCGGUUGUUGGAUAUAUUGGCACGGGUGUUGUUAGGCCCGAGACGAAGUCGAGGACCGACAAGCCGUGCCAAUAUAUCCAACAAACACUGACCUAGUCAUUUGUUGUAAAUGUUCCAUUGCCAUACUGGCUGGCAACGUUCUUAUCCCUUGCUUGCUAGCUAGCCAACUACGGCUAAUUUACAGUCACGUCCAUAACUCGUCAGCACACGGUUGUUCAGAGGAGCUAGCCAACAACACAGCUACAGUAACACAAUCACUUCAAACUGAAGCUGGAAAGACUGCAAAUUAGCUGCGUUUCGUUGUACCUUUUUUCAAUAGAUUUUUAAAAAUAUAUAUCCAUAGAAAUUAUGCCAACUGAUUCAUGAUUUUGACCGGCUGAGAAACGCUGUCUGCCUUUCUGUCUCGUCCCGACUCCCGACACGUUCAAUACUAUGGGACAGCAGGAGAUCGAAUUUGAAUAUUGAAACAAUGUUGCAAAUGUUGGAGAGACACGACAGCAAGGUUUAUACAAAUCUCCGCUGUUGAAAACUAAAUGUUAGUCAAAAAGAAAUGUGAGAUAAUGUCUAGAUGCUUUUUAUAGUGGAGAUCAAGUUUAUAAAGUGAGAUGGAACAGUGUAAAUAGGCAUUUUAACGUAAUAGAUUUAGCUGGUGGUAACUUGUGGAAUAGACAUCGGCUGUAAUGCGGUUUUAACCAAUCAGCAUUCAGGAUUAGACCAAUCCGUUGUAUAUUCUACUUUACUCUGCUCUACUCAACCCUACUCUAUUCUACUCUGCUCUACUCAACUCUACUCUACUCUACUGAACCCUGCUCUACACUACUGAACCCUACUCUGCUCUGCUCUACUCAACCCUACUCUACUCUACCCUACUCUACCCGGCUCUGCUCGACGCCACUCUAUUCUAUCAACAAGCUACAGUAUAAUUGCUAUUUUUAGACAUAUAAUAGAUGUUUUUGGUCAGUGACAUAGUACAACUUGUGUGUGUUUUCUGUGCCUUUGGCCAGCAGACCAGUCACACGGUCGGCAUGUUAGCUAGUUCAGUUUUAGUUUCCAAAAUAAAAGUCCUGGUGUGAAAUGUUGAGAGAUAGUACACAAUGUGUCUGUGUGACUUCCAUGUUUUUCCAGGCCGCCAGUCCCACUGUCAGCAUGUUAGCUAGUGAGAGAGGAACCCCAGAUGUUGCCAUGCGGUGGUGUUGUGCAACCAAGGGCCUUGUCCACUGUCACAUGUUCCCCAACAAUCCCCCUCUCAGCUCUCUGUAAACACCAUGCUGAUCAUGUCUGAGCCCCAAAUGGUAACAUAUUCCCUAUUAAGUGCACUACUCUUGACCAGAGCCCUAUGGGCCCUGGUCAAAAGAAGUGCACUACAUAGGGAAUAGGAAUAGGGUGUGAUUUGGGAUUCACCCCAAGUCCACAUACCAGCCUGCCUGUCAAGAAAGCUUUGAUUUCUUCCCCUUUAUAAGAGCUCUGCUGAAACUCUUGAGUGUGAAACUCUUUUCUCAGCUUCCCAGUGUUAGCAGAGCUAGAAACAUCCAGAAUGGCUCAGCAAUUACUUGACACAAAAAAAUGUUUUGGUUACAAGUACAAAUAUAUUUCAUAGUAUUUGGUUGACAUCAUUCCCUGGCUUUGACUUCACACAGAUAAUCAUUAACUUCAAGGGACCACUACAAACACUAUAAUCCAAAAAUGGCAUACAGUAUGUACAACAGACAAUUUCCCCAGGUGUCCAUCUGUUACUGGGUGAUGUUCAGAUUGUAGUUUUACAUUGGUAAAUUAUUUGCUAUCAUAUAAUAAUAAUAAUUAUUUAUUAAACUUCUAUAGUAUUUUCAUAGAAUCUCAAAGCGCAUCUAGAGCAAAAAACAAGCAAGCAAUAUAUCAUGACAUGAUAAGACUACAGAUGUAGCAUCUUAAUUUGAUCAGUCUUUUGUUGCUGAUAAUUUUUAUGCACAGCAGCAAAUGCAAACUUGUAGUGUAUUCAAGGUUUAAAAAGGCUUCUAAAGUUUGUAAUUUCCACUUUAAAAAGUCAGACUUGAUUUGACGUAACAAAAAAUACAUCAACCCCAAGAAAAAAUAACCAUUGAUUAUAAUCCACAUAAUAAUUAACAUUUCCUGUUGCUGCAGGAUAAUUUUUCUGCUGUAGCAAACUGGCUCAAAUUAAGAUCCUACCUCUGUAUCUAUAACAGUGUUUCUUAAUUCCUGGGAAGACAUUUUAGUUUUUGCCCUAGCACUACACAUCUGAUUCCACUAAUCAAAGGUUUGAUGAUGAGUUGAUUAGUGGUAUGAGUUGAUCAAAUUAAAUCAAAUGUUAUUUGCCACAUGCGCCGAAUACAACAGGUGUAGACCUUACAGUGAAAUGCUUACUUACAAGCCCUUAACCAACAAUGCAGUUUAAGAAAAAUAAGGGCUAAGUAAAAAAAAAAAAAAAAGAAGAAACAUUGAAAAAUAACAAAUAACUAAAGAGCAGCAGUAAAAUAACAUUAGCGAGGCUAUAUACAGGGGGUACCGGUACAGAGUCAAUGUGCGGGGGCACAGGUUAGUCGAGGUAAUUGAGGUAAUAUGUACAUGUAGGUAGAGGUAGAGUGACUAUGCAUAGAUAAUAAACAGAGAGUAGCAGCAGCGUAAAAAGAGGGGGUGGGGUGGGGGGGGACAAUGCAAAUAGUCCGGGUAGCCAUUUGAUUAAUUGUUCAGCAGUCUUAUGGCUUGGAGGUAGAAGCUGUUAAGAAGCCUUUUGGACCUAGACUUGACGCUCCGGUACCACUUGCCGUGCGGUAGCAGAGAGAACAGUCUAUGUCUAGGGUGGCUGGAGUCUUUGGCAAUUUUUAGGGCCUUCCUCUGACACCGCCUGGUAUAGAGGUCCUGGAUGGCAGGAAGCUUGGCCCCAGUGAUGUACUGGGCCGAACGCACUACCCUCUGUAGUGCCUUGCGGUUGUAGGCCGAGCAGUUGCCAUACCAGGCGGUGAUGCAACCAGUCACGAUGCUCUCGAUGGUGCAGCUGUUAAGGACCCAUGCUAAAUCUUUUCAGUCUCCUGAGGGGGAAUAGGCUUUGUCGGGCCCUCUUCACGACUGUCUUGGUGUGUUUGGACCAUGAUAGUUUGUUGGUGAUGUGGACACCAAGGAACUUGAAGCUCUCAACCUGCUCCACUACAGCCCCGUCGAUGAGAAUGGGGGCUUGCUCUGUCCUCCUUUUCCUGUAGUCCACAAUCAUCUCCUUUGUCUUGAUCACGUUGAGGGAGAGGUUGUUAUCCUGGCACCACACGGACAGAUCUCUGACCUCCUCCCUAUAGGCUGUCUCAUUGUUGUCGGUGAUCAGGCCUACCACUGUUGUGUCAUCGGCAAACUUAAUGAUGGUGUUGGAGUCGUGCUUGGCCAUGCAGUCAUGGGUGAACAGGGAGUACAGGAGGGGACUGAGCACGCACCCCUGAGGGGCCCCCGUGUUGAGGAUCAGCGUGGCAGAUGUGUUGUUACCUACCCUUAACACCUGGGGGCGGCCCGUCUGGAAGUCCAGGAUCCAGUUGCAGAGGGAAGUGUUUAGUCCCAUGGUCCUUAGCUUAGUGAUGAGCUUUGAGGGCACUAUGGUGUUGAACGCUGAGCUGUAGUCAAUGAAUAGCAUUCUCACGUAGGUGUUCCUUUUGUCCAAGUGGGAAAGGGCAGUGUGGAGUGCAAUAGAGAUUGCAUCAUCUGUGGAUCUGUUGGGGCGGUAUGCAAAUUGAAGUGGGUCUAGGGUCUCUGGGAUAAUGGUGUUGAUGUAAGCCAUGAUCAGCCUUUCAAAGCACUUCAUGGCUACAUGCGUGAGUGCUACGGGUCAGUAGUCAUUUAGUGUUCUUGGGCACAGGGACUAUGGUGGUCUGCUUGAAACAUGUUGGUAUUACAGACUCAGUCAGGGACAGGUUGAAAAUGUCAGUGAAGACACUUGCCAGUUGGUCAGCACAUGCUCGGAGUACACGUCCUGGUAAUCCGUCUGGCCCUGCGGCCUUGUGAAUGUUGACCUGUUUAAAGGUCUUACUCACAUCGGCUACGGAGAGCGUGAUCACACAGUCGUCCGGAACAGCUGAUGCUCUCUUGCAUGCUUCAGUGUUGCUUGCCUCGAAGCGAGCAUAGAAGUAAUUUAGCUCGUCUGAUAGGCUCGUGUCAGUGGGCAGCUCGUGACUGUGCUUCCCUUUGCAGCCCGUAAUAGUUUGCAAGCCCUGCCACAUCCGACGAGCGUCGUAGCCAGUGUAGUACGAUUCAAUCUUAGUCCUGUAUUGUCCUGUAUUGACGCCUGUUUGAUGGUUCGUCGGCGGGCAUAGCCAGAUUUCUUAUAAGCGUCUGUUGAAUAGGUGUGUUUGAGAAACACUGAUAUAUGAUUGUAAACUGCUGAGUAUAACCAUGAUCUCUCUAACAUGCUGUUGUGUUCCUCAGAUCCGCAGCUCCUCCAACACUGCUGCGGUGGCCCUACAGGAGUUCAACACUACAUACAGUGUUCAGGUAGCUGCUUGUACUCAGGCUGGGCGUGGCAUGCUCAGUCCAGCGGUCGGGAUCUUCGUACCAGAGAACAGUGAGUAGACCGCACUACAUAAGUAGCUCCUAAUCCUAAUACCUUCAUACAUAUUGAAGUACAUAAGCAUGUCAACAACCGCAAGUAGAUAUUUAACCUGGCCAUGUCCGAAUACCCAUACUUGCAUCCUAAAUAGUAGGCCAGAUAAGUAUGCGAUAAAAAUAAAGUUUUAUAGUAUGUGACGUUUCUAAAAUCUAGUAUACUUAAAAUUUCUGGAUGUCAUACUCAUUUCGGCUUUGACAACAGCUGGUAAUCAGAUGUGGGGAUGUGCUACUGAAAUUAACCAAUAACGUGAAACAACGCAAUCGCGCAUGACGCAUUCUCAGUAUGCGAAAAUAGAACGUUUUACAGUAUGUGCAUUUUUGAAAAUUGAGUAUGGUUUAAAUGCCAGGAUGUUGUACUAAUUUCGACUCUUCAUCUAGUAGAAUUCGAUGCACACUUUUCCACAAUGCAUUGGAAGAGGUGGGCUGCGAGUCAUAGGCCCUAGUUCCAGUAGAGGUGUGUGGGUAAAAUCAAGUGGUGUAAAGUACUUAAGUAAAAAUACUUUAAAGUACUACUUAAGUUGUUGACUCACCCUAGCCUCCCGAGUGGUGCAGUGGUCUAGUACUUCAACAUUUCAACAUCAUCAAAUCACCUCUGCUUAGUCUAAUACAGUGACAACUAAAAGAUACCAAAAACAUUUUAGUCCAAUCAACGCAAGCUAAAUAUCAUGUGACUGUCCAAGGUUCUGAUUUCUGUGUGUGUGUGUGUGUGUGUGUGUGUGUGUAAAUGUAUGCACUCACUAACUGUAAAUCGCUCUGGAUAAGAGUGUCUGCUAAAUGACUAAAAUGUAAAUGUAAAAAUGUGUGUGUGUGUGUGCGCGCAUGGGUGAAAGUUGUUGACUCACCCUACUUGUAGAGAAACGCCAAUGCCAUCCUCCUCUCUUUCAUGUUGACGAAACGGUCUAUCACUCUGUCAUACAGUACACGCUUUUAGUUUUUGUUGUCCUAGGCUACCUAGCUAAAAUGCUUGCUCGCUAGCCAAACUUCCUUUCAUGCGCAACGAUGAGCCAGCUAAUUAACAUUAGCCUACUACAUAGCUACAUAUUGAACUUCCAUCCUCUCAGGCCAGGGGCACAAUGUAUGAAUUUAUGGUUGGAUCAGAAUCACCGUUAUAAUCACUUGCCAGUGCGGAGAAUUAGGUAAAACCAGAAGUCCAAAUCCCUAUCUCCAUCCAUGGCUAAUUUAGGAAAGGGACAAUUUUAGCUAGCUAGCUAGCCACUAAAGGACAAUGACACAAUGAGAUGCAACAAUUCAAGUUUCUUCUGUCAAUUACGUUUUGCUGUUGAUGUCUUUUUUUUGGUGCGCCAGGACCAUUCACAGUUGAGCUAACUUAGUUUAGGUCAAUGCUGAUUGGCUAAUUGUAGACUUUUUUAUCAAGGGAGGCCAAAUGCUCGCUGGCUUCCCUUGCAUUCAACGCUAUGGACGGCAACAAUGUCAUAUUCUUUUUGACCAGACAGUAUCAGAUAUGCUACACAUACAGAGACAGAGGGGCGCUGUUUUGCUGUCUCGGAUGCUUUCUCCGGUGAGAUACAUUCAACCUCUUCCGAAUUGAAGGAAAAUUAUGAAACACAGAGAGACGAAAGAUGAUAAAUUAUUAUGUGUAUGUUUUUUGUUUUUGUUUUUGGUCAAUGUUUUGGGGAAGCCUGGCUUCCCUUGGCAUCCAUGAAUACACGCCACUGCCUAGUUCUCUUCAAGUAGCCAAACAACAAAACUAGGCUACUUAAUUGGGAAGAUGCAGAAUAGUGAAGCUUCUGCGGUGGUGUUCAAGGGCAAUUUGGUUGUAGCAAAAUUACACACAAACUGAGAACACACACAUAUACAGCAAAACAUAUACAAAUACAACAUACAGUUGAGGGAGUUGAAACUUUGAUCAUGUCGACAUCAUGUUUAUAUCAUGCCUGUAUCAUGUUUGUGUGUUCUGUUCUAUCAAUCGAUCAUACUUUGAUUUGAUUGAUUCAUUGUUUGAUUGAUUCAAUCAUUGAUUGAUUGCCUAUUGUGUUCCAGAUUGGCCGCUGGCUCCCUCCUCCAGUCCAGACACUAGAGGAUCAGACUCUGUGUACAUCAUACUGGGGGUGGUGUGUGGCUUCUGUCUCCUGCUGCUAGUACUCUGGGCUGCUAUCUGCAUGAGAGGCAGGAUACUAGACACACACUUUGGGUAAGUUUGCAUGCUUCUUCACAUAUUAAAAUCUUAAUUGUAUGACGAUGUACAAGGAGGAGAUGCACAUUGAUGUACUACAGUACCCCAAAUACUCUGUGUAACAUCUGGUUUAUCUUGUUCCUGACGCUAAGCUAGUGGUGUCCUCAAUACCUUAAUGAUCUGAUCAUGAUCACUUUAAACCCCAGUGUAUUGACUUUGACCGUGCUGCUGUCCAUUGUUGUAGUACUGGAAGUCACGCAGUAACUUGAUUCUUAAGUUGGUCAAGGGAAACGGUGUAGCUAAGCUCAGUCUUCCUUCCUCAAGUAACUUACCGGUACUUGACUUGUUCCUAGUAGAUCAGAGGGCCUCAACAGUGCUUCUCCAGUGAAUUCUGUUUUGCCUUUGUGGUUUUCUUCACUCCGUUUCAUCAGUAAGAAGCGUCUAUUGUAUGUUGCAACAGAUUUAAAAGUUACUCAGCAUUUUGAUCCCUGAAGUUGGUGAGGGGAAACGGUGUAUUGGUCAGUGGAAGUGGUUAUAUUUCCUGUUGAAGCAGGGGUAUAGUUACUCAGUACAUCCGGAUACCUUGUCAAUAAAGCAGCCUGGUUUCCUCAUAAUCACUGACAACAGCUGCAGCUGAGGUCAAGGCUGCCAAGGUUGUACUGACUGGCUCAUGUUCAUUAGGCACCAAAUGGAAGAAAACAGCUGGACUAAAUCAGCAGUGAGACCUUGGUGGUGUUUUCAACAGAAAAUUAAAAUGGGCCUAUCUCAUUGGACAAGCCCAGGUAGUCCCUCCCUGUUUGUCUGUUUUCUUCUGUUUGGUGCCUAAUGAACACAACCAUCCCUGGUCUUACUGCUGAAGACCGAGGUAGUCCAGCUGUGUUGGAAAGAAAUACCAAAAAAAAUCCUCUCCACUCUGCUCCACCAGUCCUCUCUGCUCCUCUCUCCUCUGCUCCCCUCCUCUCCUCUCCUCAACACCAAAACAACCCAUCUCCUUUCCUUUCUGCUGUCUCUGUUCUGGAAUUCAUUAUGUUAAAGAGGUGACUCAGUGUUGCCGUUCAGGAUAUACAGAUAAGAAUGCUCAAAACUGGCAGACAACCUCUCAUCCCCCAGAGGCAGGAAAAGAUCAGGUCAUGGAGCUAGCUUCCUGAUUCAAGAUGAAUUCUCAAUCUAACGUCAACCAAGUGAUUACAACUCUGAGGCAAGCUCUUGUUAAAGUGUUAGUGAGUGUGUGACUCACUCUGCUCAAUUGUAUAUAGUAACUUGUUUUGUUUCUCUCUGGCGCCCCUGCAGUCAGAUGUUUGGAAGUGGAGAGAAGCUUCAACCCAUUGUUCAGUACAGGCCACACAGGUCCUACAACCGAUCAGCCAUUGAAAUUACACGUACGUUAAUAAACGUUCUACUCUGAUCUAAUCUACUCUGCUCUACUUUACUCUACUGUGUUCUACUCUAAUCCUUAAUGUUUCUAUUAACAUACAGUACCAGUCAAAAGUUUGGACACACCUACUCAUUCAAGGGUUUUUCUUUAUUUUUAGUAUUUUCUACAUUGUAGAAUAAUAGUGAAGACAUCAAAACUAUGAAAUAACACAUAUGGAAUCAUAUAGUAACCAAAAAAGUGUUAAACAAAUCAAAAUAUAUUUUAUAUUUGAGAUUCUUCAAAGUAGCCACCCUUUGCCUUGUUGACAGCUUUGCACACUCUUGGCAUUCUCUCAACCAGCUUCAUAAGGUAGUCACCUGGAAUGCAUUUCAAUUAACAGGUGUGCCUUGUUAAAAGUUAAUUUGUGGAAUUUCUUUCCUUCUUAAUGCGUUUGAGCCAAUCAGUUGUGUUGUGGCAGGGUAGGGGUGGUAUACAGAAUAUAGCCCUAUUUGGUAAAAGACCAAGUCCAUAUUAUGGCAAGAACAGUUCAAAUAAGCAAAGAGAAACAACAGUCCAUCAUUACUUUAAGACAUGAAGGUCAGUCAAUCCUGAAAAUUUCAAGAACUUUUAAAGUUUCUUCAAGUACAGUCGCAAAAACCAUCAAAUAUGGUGCAAAUAGUCUGCAUAGCCAUUUGAUUAGAUGUUCAGGAGUCUUAUGGCUUGGGGGUAGAAGCUGUUUAGAAGCUUCUUGGACCUAGACUUGGCGCUUUGGUACCGCUUGCCGUGCAGUAGCAGAGAGAACAGUCUAUGACUAGGGUGGCUGGAGUCUUUGACCAUUUUUAGGACCUUCCUCUGACACCCCCUGGUAUAGAGGUCCUGAAUGGCAGGAAGCUUGGCCCCAGUGAUGAAACUGGCUCUCAUGAGGACCGCCACAGGAAAGGAAGACCCAUAGUUACCUCUGCUGCAGAGGAUGUUCAUAAGAGUUACCAGCCUCAUAAAUUGCAGCCCAAAUAAAUGCUUCACAGAGUUCAAGUAACAGACACAUCUCAACAUCAACUGUUCAGAGGAGACUGCGUGAAUCAGGCCUUCAUGGUCGAAUUGCUGCAAAGAAACCACUACUAAAGGACACCAAUAAGAAGAAGAGACUUGCUUGGGCCAAGAAACACAAGCAAUAGACAUUAGACCGGUGGAAAUCUGUCUGAUUUUGAGAUUUUUGGUUCCAAACACUGUGUCUUUGUGAGACGCAGAGUAGGUGAACGGAUGAUCUCCGCAUGUGUGGUUCCCACCGUGAAGCAUGGAGGAGGAGGUGUGGGGGUGCUUUGCUGGUGACACUGUCAGUGAUUUAUUUAGAAUUCAAGGCACACUUAACCAGCAUGGCUACCUUAGCAUUCUGCAGCGAUACACAUUCCCAUCUGGUUUGCGCUUAGUGGGACUAUCAUUUGUUUUUCAACAGGACAAUGACCCAACACACCACCAAGCUGUGUAAUGGCUAUUUUACCAAGAAGGAGAGUGAUGGAGUGCUGCAUCAGAUGACCUGGCCUCCACAACCCCCCGACCUCAACCCAAUUGAGAUGGUUUGGGUUUAGUUGGAUCGCAGAGUGAGGGAAAAGCAGCCAACAAGUGCUCAGCAUAUGUGGGAACUCCUUCAAGACUGUUGCAAAAGCAUUCCAGGUGAAGCUGGUUGAGAGAAUGCCAAGAGUGUGCAAAGCUGUCAUCAAGGCGAAGGGUGGCUACUUUGAAGAAUCUCAAAUAUAAAAUAUAUUUUGAUUUGUUUAAUACUUUUUUGGUUACUACAUGAUUCCAUAUGUGCUAUUUCAUAGUUUUGAUGUCUUCACUAUUAUUCUAUAAUUCAGAAAAUAGUUUUAAAAAAUAAAGGAAAACCCUGGAAUGAGUAGGUGUGUCCAAACUUUUGACUGGUACUGUAUAUCAGAGAAGAAAAUCUAUAUCCACAGAUUCUGCUCAAUAAUAGAAAUAGGAGCUAUAUUUUCCCCUCUUGCUCCCUUUCUAGUUGGUAACCUGGGUGUGAGUGAUGAACUCCAAGCCAAACUACAGGACUUCAUGAUUAUGAGAAACCUGCUUUCCAUAGGGAAGAUUCUGGGAGAGGGUGAGGAUGACAUUCAUUUGAUUAUUUAUUACACAAAAGUAUGAGGCGAUUUGUGUUAUAAAUUAGGUAGAAUAAAACCUUUUCUUAAUCAUAUGUCAUUUCUUCCAUUUUUUGGUCAUCUCAUUUCUUUGUGGCUGCUCCUUAAUCACAUUUCACAUGUUAUUUAUUUGUUGCUAUUUGUCAUUUAGCUGUAUUUCUGACUGUUACCUCUAUAGUUACCCAUUGUUUAUUGACCAGGUGAAUUUGGCUCUGUGGUGGAGGGAAAUCUGAAACAACUGGAUGGAACGUCUGAGAAAGUGGCUGUGAAGACCAUGAAA